AUGUCCAACAACAGCCAGAUGACUGGGAUACAUGAAAAUGCUUCACUUCUCUGUGGUAAAGACCCUGUCUACUACACAAACACCUUGGGUAUUGUGGUGGACUGGGUGAUAUUUCUCGUUGGACUACCUGAAGUCUGCCUGGCCUGCUAUGCUCUCCUGCGUCUACUCAAGAAGGACAGAGCGGCUCCGAUCUUCGCCAUCAACCUGCUCCUGUCAGAUCUCCUUCAGAUCGCGAUCACAGUCGUCUUUAUCAUAAGUCGGUUUUUCGAUGCCGCCUUCUACCCCUUCGCCAGGGCCCGCUGCGUCGCACGACUGUUCGUCCGCUUGGGACUGACCUCCAGUUUGGGUUUCAUGCUGCUGAUUUCUGCAGAGAGGUACUUAUUGGUGGCCUGCCCGGUGUGGUACCACACGAAGAACAUCGCAAGGUUAUCCAUCCUGGUCUCAGUCGGCAUGUGGACCUUCUCGCUGGCUUACGCCUCUUUUGAUAAUCUCUUCUUGAUGCACACAAGAUUCUCCUUAUUGAUAUUCUCCAUCGUCUGCCUCCUCCCUGCCCCAUUCCUUCUGGGUUUCUUCAGGGCCACGUGGAAAGCCCUCAACAAGAGCAUGGCCAUGAGACAUGACCCGAAGAAGAGGAGGAGAGUUUUGGGGGUUCUGAGCCUGGUGUUGGGGACGUACACCGUGUUGUUCUUCCCCUUCUGCUUCAGGAACCUCUACUACUCUCUGAAAGGUGACAACGCCUCAGACGCAGAGGACUCAGUCAGGGAUGUUUCCGGUGUUUUGACCAGUGCUCUGGUCUAUCUUAGCCCUUUGGUAGACGCUUUAAUCUAUAUUUUCAUUAGGAAGGACGUAAAGGACACAGUGGAAGCAUUUCCCUGCUGCAAAACACCUCUGAUGAAGCUCAGAGAGUUUCAGGACAGAACAACAGACUCUUCGCAGACCGAGACAGCUUUCUAA